AGAGACUGUAGCACGCGAUUGGCCUACUGUUAAUGUUAUGAAACGUCAUUGGACAGACGGACACACGCCUUUUGUCAACCUGCAAGAGCACAACAGACGACAAGGUGAUCCAUGUGUGUCUGACUGAGCCAGCUUUAAGCAUGCUGACUGCACAGAGAGCAUGUGCAGCACUGGCUGCCCGGCGCCUGGUUAGAGCUUCCGUCUCUUCAGCACUCACACACCAAUCUCUGAUCCACACUUCCGUACCAUGGCAGGACCAGGACCAGGACCAGGCCGAGCUGCAUCCUGAAUGGGCCAGUCUGGCGAAGAAACAGCUUAAAGGGAAGAACCCUGAAGAUCUGAUCUGGCGCACACCGGAAGGAAUCAACAUCAAGCCUGUGUACACCAAAGCAGACUCAGCCAGCGGUGCUGAUGAACUGCCAGGAGUGUUUCCCUAUACUAGAGGGCCCUAUCCCACUAUGUACACUUACAGACCAUGGACUAUCAGGCAGUAUGCUGGCUUCAGCACUGUGGAGGAGAGCAACAAAUUCUAUAAAGAUAACAUUAAAGCUGGACAGCAGGGACUUUCUGUGGCUUUUGACCUCCCGACGCACCGUGGUUAUGACUCAGACAACCCCCGAGUCCACGGAGAUGUUGGCAUGGCCGGAGUCGCCAUAGACACAGUUGAGGACAUGAAAAUGCUUUUUGAUGGAAUCCCACUGGAGAAGAUGUCUGUUUCAAUGACAAUGAAUGGAGCGGUUAUCCCUGUACUGGCUAUGUUUAUUGUGACUGGAGAGGAGCAGGGCGUGUCCAAAGACAAACUAACAGGCACCAUUCAGAAUGACAUUUUGAAGGAGUUUAUGGUGCGUAACACCUAUAUUUUCCCCCCUGAGCCUUCCAUGCAUGCCAUUGCAGACAUCUUUGCUUACACCUCCAAGCACAUGCCCAAGUUCAACUCGAUAUCCAUCAGUGGCUACCAUCUUCAGGAGGCUGGAGCUGACGCCAUCCUGGAAGUGGCCUACACCAUCGCUAACGGCCUCGAGUACUGCCGCACUGGUCUGAAGGCAGGCUUAACCAUCGAUGAGUUUGCCCCAAGGUUGUCAUUCUUCUGGGGUAUUGGGAUGAAUUUCUACAUGGAAAUUGCCAAGCUGAGGGCAGGCAGGAGGCUAUGGGCCACGCUCAUUAAAAAGAACUUCCAGCCCAAGAAUGCAAAGUCUCUCCUCCUGCGCACACACUGCCAGACUUCAGGCUGGUCUCUCACUGAGCAGGAUCCAUACAACAAUGUGAUCCGAACGGUGAUCGAAGCCAUGGCAGCUGUGUUCGGGGGGACCCAGUCACUCCACACCAACUCGUUCGAUGAAGCUCUGGGCUUGCCCACAGUGAAGAGCGCUCGCAUUGCCAGGAACACCCAGAUCAUCAUCCAGGAGGAGUCGGGCAUCCCCAAAGUCGCUGAUCCCUGGGGGGGCUCGCACAUGAUGGAGUCUCUCACAGAUGACGUCUACAACACAGCCCUAAAGUUCAUUAACGACAUUGAGGAGAUGGGAGGCAUGGCCAGAGCUGUGGCAGAGGGCAUUCCAAAACUUCGCAUUGAGGAAUGUGCAGCACGUAGACAGGCCCGCAUUGACUCAGGAUCAGAAGUAAUUGUUGGGGUGAACAAAUACCGUCUGGAAAAAGAGGAGAGUGUGGAGGUGCUGGCCAUAGAUAACACUGUUGUACGUCAGAAACAGAUUGAAAAACUGAAAAAGGUGAGAGAAAGUCGUGACCCUGAAGCAGCGAAGAAGUGCCUGGCAGCCAUAGAGGAGUGUGCCCAGACCAGGGAGGGCAACCUUUUAGCCCUGGCUGUGGAAGCGGCUCGAGCCAGGUGCUCUGUGGGUGAAAUCACAGAUGCCAUGAAGAAAGUGUUCGGUGAACACAAGGCCAGCACCAGGAUGGUGAGCGGGGCUUACCGCAGUGAGUUUGGGGAGCAUGAAGAGAUUGCCCUGGCCCACAAUAGAGUUGCCGAUUUUAAGAAGCAUGAAGGCAGGAAUCCUCGACUGCUGGUGGCAAAGAUGGGGCAGGAUGGUCACGACAGAGGAGCCAAAGUCAUUGCCACAGGGUUUGCAGACCUGGGCUUCGAUGUGGACAUCGGACCACUGUUUCAGACUCCCCUUGAGGUGGCCCAGCAGGCCGUCGAUGCAGACGUUCACUGUGUUGGGGUCAGCACGCUUGCUGCAGGACACAAGACCCUGGUCCCGGAGCUCAUCAAGGAACUACGGAAGCUCAACAGGCCAGAUAUCCUUGUCAUCUGUGGAGGUGUCAUCCCACCACAGGACUAUGAGUUCUUGUACCAGAGCGGUGUGUGCGCCAUAUUCGGCCCCGGCACCAGGAUCCCACAAGCUGCUGUGGAGGUCAUUGAUAAUAUUGAGAAGAGUCUGGAAAACAUCCGGCAGACCAUGUGAACACUUGGAGAAAAAAAAAGAAAAAGAAACUACAACAAGAGUUGUCUAUUCAUGCUGUCAAGAACAAAGUCACAAGUGAGAGAACCAACUGUUCUGUACAGAAUCUAUUUGACUGGUAGCAUGAGGUUGUAAAGAAAAACAAAAUGUCCUUCCACACUGUAAGUUCGCAGCAAGUACAGCAGUCGAAAUCACUAAUAACCUGUUGGGAGGUCAUGAUGAACAUUGUGUUUUCUGAAUAUCAGAAUAACAUCUGAGUAACAUAGUGUUGAGUGUUUUUCCAUGUUGAGAGAACCACCCAAAUCUAAAGGAAUACUGUAACCCAUAACCUCUUUAGUUGGCUAAAUGGUGAUUUAAUUCAUCAUUUCUCCUUUGGAUGCAUGCUUGAAUUGCAUUGGUUGCAGGGUCUGAUAAUAUCAAUGUAAACAUUCUUCAAAUUCCAGAAAAUAAGAGGGAGCCCCGACUCCUGGUUUAACACUAUAGAGUUUAAUGGGAAAUACUUAAAUAUUUACGACUUAAACAAUGGAUCAUACACUACAUUUAAUUAAAUUAGGAUUUUCUUUACAGACAGACAGUAUAGUCUCAUGUGACAGGAAUUUGUCUUGAGAUGCCUUUUUUUCCCAUCCAGUGUAAAAGCAUAGGACUCCACUCUACACCUUUGAAUGUAAUGCUUUUAUUGUGAAAUGUCAGUGUGUAAUUUGCAGUUACCUAGCAGGGUGUGAUUCGUGCCACUGUAGUGGAGAUGGACAGACAGAAAUUCACAUCACAAUAAACCUCUUUGGAACCAUUACUCGUGUCUUUUACGUUCAUGGACAUUAUCGUCUUGAAAGUGGCCUUCUGUUGUUUUGAUCUCUUUCCUCCCUGCGUCAUGUUUGAUUUAACCAGCUACUGAUCAAAGAGGAAACAGAACAGUGAUCACAAUUUAUGAAGCAGUUGGAAAUUGUAUUUUUCUAUGUGUGAUUCUGAAUCAGAUUUAACGCUCUAAAUAAAGUAUGUGAACUUCGGAAAUGUGA